UCUCACACUCUUAAAACCCUAGUUCAUUCUGGCAUAGUCGCCGGUUUCCUCUCGCUGUUGCCGCCCGCCAUCUCCAGCCUCGCCGUCGGCCGUCCACGGCGUCCGCGCAUCUCUGCUUCGUCGUCGCAUCGUCUGGUCAUCUCUGGCUCUCUGCUUCGUCGAAUCUUCGUCGCCACUCGACGUCCUCGGCCAUCUCUGCUCCGCCUAUAUUUUCUUCGUCUCCACAAAAUGGACGAGAAAAUCUUGUAGCUGUGUAGUUACAUAUGCAAUGUAGAUGGUUUAUAGAUCUUCAGAAGUGACUUUCAUGGCUAAUGGAUUUACCUGUACAUCGUCCUUACCAUGGAUCUGGGUUGUGGAAGCACUUGCAAGCUCCAAUCAAGUAGAUGCAUCUUUACUAAUUGAUUUGGUUAAGAGGAUUCCAAAAAUUUCUGAUGAUCUUGGGAGAAGUGCAAGGGAGAUGGUCUCCUUUAGGAUUUUGGAAAACUUACUCAUCAAAAACAAUUGGAUCAAUGAUGAUUCAUCCUUGUCAGCAGGUCCUAAAAUCAGAUUUGAUCCAUCAGAGAGUUGUGAAGAUGUACUUGGGAAAAUAUUGCAAGAGUUAUCUGCAUCAAAUAUGAAAAUGCCUGGACCACAGGUGCUGAAGUGGGAUAUUCAAUCAUUUGUUACCUAUAAGAGAUCUACCUUGCCACAAUAUGCUUUGCUAAAACUGAAGGAUAUGAUUGUUAAGGGCACUGAUCCUCGUCUUGCAACCUUGAAGGAAAGAAGUGGUUUGUCAACUACGAAUCAAUCUGGAAAUGUUACAUCUGUGGAUGGAAUUGCUGUUAACGGCACUAAAGAGAUGCGUGAAGAGAGUAAUUUCAAAUGUCUUGCACAAAAUGUAAACUCGGUAGCUUCUACCCAGGAAAAUAACAACCGGGAAGAAACUUUACCUGACAGGGACCUGGUGCUUGCCAAGAAGAGAAAGAGUGUUUCUGCUGAUCAUCAGGGAAGAGAAAUCCCUGGAGGGGGAAGUAUUUCAGAGAAUGGUUGUGAUCCUUGUACUAGGGUCACCAAGAAGUGCAAACAGAGUGUUGUUUUUAAUAAAGAUUGUGAACAUAUUAUAGAACACAUUGAAAGAGAAGGGCGCAGUUUGGGAAAUGAAUCCCAGGCUGGAGCCUUGGAAGAAAGUGGAUCCCCUCUAAGACAGAUCAAUGGUAAUCAACAGCAGCAUGAUUGUAGCGUAAGUGAAAUGCCUCAGGGAACAAAUGCAGGGGGAGGGGUAAAAAAUAUUUGUAUUGAUGCAGCCGGAGAAGAGAAUGCUCAUGCUGAAUUAAGAAAUUCAAAUGAUGCAAAACAUCCUUUAGUUCAACAGGUUUCUCAUGCCAAUGAAGCUGAAAGAAAUUUUCAGCAUAAUUUGUCAAAUGGUGGACCCAUUAAUGAAAGUAGAGAUAUCAUUGACUGUUUUCAUGGACCUGAUCCAUGUAAUGACAACAAUGAGUAUCAUGAAGAGAGUGUUGAAAUUGCAUCAAAGAAAACUGCAUUCUUGAGCUCUCAAUGCACGCAUAGUCAAGAUUCAUUCGCAACAAAUGACUUGAGGGAGCUUUGCAUGAAGUGUAAUAGAGGUGGUCAAUUGUUGGUUUGUAGUUCUGAAACCUGCCCAUUAGUGGUCCAUGAUAGCUGUUUGGGUUCUAUUCCCAAUUUUGAGAAGGAUGGAAAGUUCUACUGCCCUUUUUGUGCAUAUUCUCGAGCAAUUUCAGAGCACAUGAAAUUUAAGAAAAAGGCAUCACUUGCUAGGAAAGAUCUCACAGCCUUUAUUCGCUUCAGCAUUGAACCACUGAAAAAUGUCUCCACAAGAUCUAGUAGAUCAAAGUCAAGUCAAUCAAGGCAAGAUGAUGAAUUAUGUGAAAAAGGUGAAGCUAACAGCAGCAGGAAUUCUUUAAGAGAUAACAGUUCACCAGAAUGUAGGGCUAAUUCAGAAGAUAAACAACAAGAAAAGCCAUCAGUAUCACCUGAGGGCAGGCCCCCUUCAAAUGAUAAAAGCAUUUCAUCAACCAGUGCAAUGCCAGUUAUUUUCGCAAAAGAUCCACAAGAAAACCAGGCUGAGCAAGACACUCUUUCUCCAAGAGGGGGUGAUCAACAGCAUAAUGAGACACUUGCUAUUACAAUAUACCGCAAGCCUGUUUUUCCUUUUGGAGAUCCAGAGGUUAGCAACCAGGAUGAGCCUUGUACUGAAGUUGACGUAGAAAAGGCAACUGUGCCUCAAUCAGUGACUAGUUUGCAUCAUCAACCUGAAUCGUCUUCAAGUACUGAAGUCGAAGAAAGCUCUGAUGAAGAGAAUGAGAAAUAUGUUACUUCCAAGUAUUUCAUUAGGUUCAACAGACCACAGAAGCAAUGUUCCUAUCCAGUCAUCACCCAAUGGAAACGAAAAAGGGUUCCUUGGACAAAAGAAGAGGAGGAAGCACUGAAGGAGGGAGUGGCAAAAUGUAAAAGCAUCGGCCAGAAAAAUAUAGCAUGGAAGGAGAUUUUGGAAUUUGGAGGUGAUCGCUUCUGGAAAGGCCGGACUGCUAUGGACCUCAAAGAUAAAUGGAGGAAUAUUUGCAAAGGAAGCCCCAAUAAAAGAUGAGUUGUUUAAUACUUUCUUUGCUCUUCCCUCCGGUGUCGAUGAAUUAGUACAAACUAGAUUUUGUCUUGAGAAAUGAAAAUCCAAAAUUUUCCCUGUUGAAACUUGCUUGUAUAUUAUACUUACCAAAAACAGAAGCCUCUGUUAUUUAUUGCCAUUCAUUUCUUAGGGAGCUUCA